CUCUGCAGAAGGACUGGGAAGGUGGCGGCAGCGAAGGCGCUGGCGGUUGAGGCUGCUCCGAGGCAGAUGGAGACUUUCUUCCUGGACAAGAAAGGAUAACAGAUCAGGGAAGAUCCCCAAUUCCCUGCGCAUCCUCACCUCUCUUCACCUGCAGUGUCCCAGUGUCACAUGACAAGGUCACCUUGAAGGAAAGACCUCAUCAUCACACUGUCGCCCCCCCCCCCUUGGCCCUAGUAGCACGAUGUGAGAAGAUAAGGCACUAAUUCAGAAAGGUAACUAUGAAAGGCUUAUAUUUUCAGCAGAGUUCCACAAAUGAAGAAGUAACGUUUGUAUUUCAAGAAAAGGAAAAUUUCCCCGUUACAGAGGAUAACUUUGUGAGAGUUCAAGUUAAAGCCUGUGCUCUGAGCCAGAUAAACACAAAGCUUCUGGCAGAAAUGAAGAUGGAAAAGGAUUUCUUCCCUGUUGGAAGAGAAGUUGCUGGAAUUGUUUUAGAUGUUGGCAGCAAGGUGUCGUUCUUCCAGCCAGACGAUGAAGUCGUUGGCAUUUUGCCGUUGGAUUCGGAAGACCCUGGGCUCUGUGAAGUCACUCGAGUGCACGAGCAUUACCUGGUUCAUAAGCCAGAAAAGGUUUCAUGGGCAGAAGCUGCUGGAGCCAUUCGGGACGGGGUCCGAGCCUGCACAGCUCUGUAUUAUCUUUCUCAUCUCUCUCCUGGAAAGUCUGUGCUGAUCAUGGAUGGCGCAAGUGCAUUUGGCACAAUAGCCAUUCAGUUAGCACACCACAGAGGAGCCAAGGUGAUCUCCACAGCACACAGCCUGGAAGACAAGCAACAGCUUGAAAGGCUUAGGCCUUCUAUAGCCCGAGUGAUUGACGUGUGUAAUGGGAAAGUCCAUGUUGCUGAAAGCUGUUUGGAAGAAACAGGUGGCCUGGGAGUAGAUAUUGUCAUAGAUGCAGGAGUGAGAUUAUACAGUAAAGAUGAAGAAGCAGCUGUAAAGUCACAACUACCACAUAAGCAUGACAUCAUCACACUUCUUGGUGUUGGAGGCCACUGGGUGACAACAGAAGACAACCUUCAGUUGGAUCCUCCAGAUAGCCAUUGCCUUUUCCUCAAGGGAGCAACGGUGGCUUUCCUUAAUGAUGAAGUUUGGAAUUUGUCAAAUGCACAACAGGGAAAAUAUCUUUGUAUCUUAAAAGAUGUGAUGGAGAAGUUAUCAGCUGGUAUUUUCAGACCUCUGCUUGAUGAACCCAUUCCACUGUAUGAGGCAAAAGUUUCCAUGGAAGUUGUUCAGAAAAAUCAAGAAAGAAAAAAGCAAGUUGUUCAAUUUUAAUUCUCUUUCCCAGACCUCAGUUGGAUGUACCCAUACCAGUAUAUGAAGCCAGUUUUCUUUGGAAAUUGUUGAGAAAAAUCAAGGAAGAUAAAACAAGUUUUUCUAUUUUUAA